GAUAUAGUUGCGCCGUUGUUGUAGCUUUAGGCUCCUCGAAUACCAGCAGAAAUGGCAGCCGAGUUCACCCCGGAGGAGUUGGCGUUGGCACAGCCGGAUCCGCCGGAGACAGUGGCGAUUGAGGCUUGGUACAUGGAUGACUCAACGGAGGACCAGCGCCUCCCGCACAGGCAGGAGCCCAACCAGCCCUGCUCGCUGGCCGCCCUGCGCGAGCUCGGUGUGCUGUACUGGAAGCUGGACGCCGACCGCCACGAAACCGACCCGCGCCUCGCAGCCAUCCGCAAAGUGUACAACUACUCGUUCAUGGAGAUCGUGAACAUCUCCCCCGCCACGCUGCCCGGCUACGAUGACAAGAUCAAGAUGUUUUACGAGGAGCACAUCCAUGCAGACGACGAGAUUCGAUACGUGCUGGACGGCUCGGGCUACUUUGACGUCCGCGACUUCCAGGACCGCUGGAUCCGCAUCCGCUGCAACAAGGGUGACCUGAUUGUGCUGCCGGAGGGCAUCUACCACCGCUUCACAAUCGACACCAACAACUACACCAAGGCCAUGCGGUUGUUCGUGGGUGCCCCCGUGUGGACGCCGCACAACCGGCCGCAGGAGGCGCACCCCUCGCGAGCCAAAUACCUGGACAAGUUCGCCAAGCAGACGGCAGCAGCGGUGGUGGCGUGAGCUGGGCCUGAGCCUGAGGGGGGCUGAGGGGUGUGGGCCGCUGGGUGGGGCAGGCAGCGGCGUCCAGCGGGCAGGUGGAGUGGAGCGGGGCGAAGUGGGGUCAGGAGGCUAGUGGGCUGCGUAUGGCAGGAGUAGGUAGCUGGAGAGGCAAGGAGCGGGAGUGAUUCGGGAUUGGCAGCUGAAGGCCAGGGAAUGCAAUGUUUCUCAUUUAUGUAGUUUUAUACUCGGGAAGGCUGGCGCGUCUUUCUCUAUAAGUAAGGAGCGUCAUGGUCUAAGAUGGGUGCGGGUCUGGGUUGCGGACGUACGAGAUUUAGUACGAAGGGUUGAAGCCUGCCUGGCGGGCUGGGGCUACAGAAAAUAUUUAGCGGAGUUACUGCGUCGUAGCUUGAGGAUUCCGUAGCCUCGGGGUCAGCCUGGGUCAGUUGGGUAACACAUCUGAUCCUGGACCGGAAUCAUGCGCGCGCUGUGUAAGCGCACACCGAGGCCGUAUAGCAGGC